UUAUAAAACGUGCUUUAAAUUCGAAAUCAAAAUUUUACAACAAAAUUACAAAAUUGUCACUUUUGGUAUGUGUUUUAGAUAAGUAAGAGCCAUAAAACGAGUGGGCUUUUCUUGACGAAAGGAAUAAAAUUCUUACCUUGUUCAACAAUCGAUUUGGAGGAAGAUUAUUAUUAAGAAAGAUUAUUACAUCAACCAUAAUGUCGAUGCAAUGCUCGAAAUUGUGCUCGUUGAUAAUUGGAGAGACGUUUGGAAUGCCGGUUCAAAGCGUUGUUGAUGUCCUCUUGCAAAAGGGACCCUCUCCCCUGCGACACGUCCUGACCUCGAUGAUGAAAUCUAUGCCGAUUGAAGCUAUUCAUGGGGCCCUUAAAACACUGAUUCAACACUUUGUCGUCAAUUUCCAUGUGAAUUCCACAACGGGAGAAACAAUAUAUUCUGUGAAUCAUGAAAAGACGAUAGAAAUCAUGAGAUAUCCGAGGUAUUACGCUCACGCCGAACAAAUGGUAGGACCCGUGGGGAGAGAAGUUCUCGAAGAAAUAGUACAAUCCGGCCUCGUUUCGAUCUCAAAGUUGAUCUACAUUUGCGGAUCUAGAGUGAUGAAGUCUAACCCAGACGUGACCGAGGCUGUGCUUUUUGAGCAGUUAAAUUUAUUCCAAACUACCGCGAUGCGACUUGCGGCUAAAAAAUAUAUCGUUAUCGUUCCUCCCCCAUCGCCAGAUAAUGAGAACAAUGAAGCUGACCCCGGAGCACACAAAGAUUCUCACAAACUACCAGCCGUAGACUUAAAAGUUUUGCUUGGAAAACUAUUAAAAACAAAUGAGACUAAGCUGGAAAGUCUUCCGGAUGCGAAUAUACUUUGGGGAAUUUAUAUCCAACAGUUUCACGCAGAGCUGAGAAAUAGCAUGGUAUAUCAAGCAUUAGAGAGAAAGUUUAAAUCCAUGAUAGAUCCAAGAGUAAUUCAAGUAGUGAUAGAAGUUGGACUCGAAAGACACCAGUGGGAAGAUGAAGGUGCUCCUGUAAGUAUGCAUGAAAUUAAAGAUCGGAUCGAAAAAAUGCCAGAUGGGUUGGCAACUUCAAAACACAUAUCAGAACAUCUGGAGAUUGUGGAGGACGAUCCAAUGCGGAUUUUGAGUAGACUGAGUAACCAACUCGGAGGACAUUUUGCUUUCAAUAUGAAAACUGCAGUGUCUGAAUUAUUAUGGAAUAUAAUAGAUAAAAUUAUAACGGAAAAACAUGGAUUUCAUGCACUUCGAAUAUUUCGACUGGUGAAAGCAAGUGGAUUUGUAGAACAAGACACUAUCAAUGAAAUAGGAAUGGUUCCAGGAAAGGAAGCUAAACAUCUAACAUAUAAAUUAGUAGACGAUCAUUUUAUAAAUAUUAAAGAAGUUAAGAAAACAUAUACUACAAAUGCUCCUCCUGGAAAAACGUGUACCGUAUUUUACGUUGAUUCAUCUCAAAUUGUUCGAUCGCUACAGGAAUAUUGCUACAAAGCUGCAUAUAACUUGAAACUAAAAUCAAAAAUUGAACAGGCAAAGAUCAAAAGACUUUCUGUUAAAGAAGAAAGGAUUACUCGAAUCCUGGUCAAUAUGACAAACAAAAAUUGUGCAGAGGAUCAAUUGAAUGAGAUUCGAGAACUCCUCACCCCACCUGAACGAGGACUGUUACUCAGAUACCAAUUUUCAUCUGGAAAGCUGUUAAGUGGCACUAUUCAAGUGGACGAAACCUUAUUCGUUACCGAACUCUACUUGAAAUACCAUGGGAAAAAUUUUCCCAAAAAAAAGUAAUACGCAAUACUGCGAUCGAAACCUAAAAUGAAAUUAACUCUCGUUAAUGAGAGUUAGUGCAAUCUUCUGUGAUAUUAUGAAUAGCUAGCAAUUAGGAUAACUUACUUGUAAAACAAUUUAUUGACAAUGUUACUUGAUUAUUACAAAAACUAAUCAAUACUUAUCUUUGUAUAAAUUCUGACCAGGGUGAAAGUGGAAGCAAACUUUCUCCCAGACUUUGCUACGCAUAACUCUUAAUAAUUUAUGGAUUUGUAGUACUUGAUUUUAAACAUAUCCUUAAUGUUAUACCUUGUUUAAUGACUGAGUAAAAUAUAGAUACAUAAUUUCCUAUAAAUAAAUGAUACAUUAACUUCAUAAAU